AUGGGUGAAGACGACACGACCUCGUCGCUAGAAUGGUCGUCUGGUGCUCAGUAUUCACAUGAUAAGUUGGAAAUUCCAGGUGAACAGAUUCGCCUUCUGGAAAUCAGCCCUCAGCAGCCACACAAGCCGUUAGAGCUAUGCCUGAGCAUUCAUUCUUGGGCGAAUAUACCACACUACCAUGCGAUAUCCUACACAUGGGGCGAUCUUGAAGACCCGCAAACUGUCCUCGUCAACACUCGGCCGAUGGCUGUUACAAAGAACUGUCAUUAUGCCUUGACACAAAUACAAUUGUAUCACGCUCGACUCUCUGGCGAAGCUUCUUCAUAUAGUCCUUCGGGGCGUUUCUACCUGUGGAUUGACUCCAUUUGCAUCGACCAGGUAAAUGCAGAGGAGAAAGGUCACCAAGUUGCGUCAAUGGGCCGCAUAUAUGCAAAAGCGUCCAAAGUGUUGGCCUGCAUAGGUCCGCAUCUCGACGACAGUCAUGAACUUGCUGGAAUUUUGGAUUUCAUGAAAGGCUCCCCCGAAAUAUCCUCACGAUAUGGGCAAUUGAUCGAACAUGUGAUCGAUUUUCGCCCCCCUGGCCACACCGGCUCGAGAGUCCUCGUCGAAUUGAUUCAGCACUACGUCGAAGGAUCAAAGCCAUUACAGUCUGGCUUUGGCAUUUGCUUUCGCAAAGCCUUCCUCGCUUUCGCCAACAGGACCUAUUGGACUCGCCUCUGGAUAGUGCAAGAAGUUGCUGCCACGUUUGGGACAGGAGAGAAGCUUGAGGUCCUUUGUGGCCAUGAUAGCUUUACGAGAUCAGAAGUGUACACACUCUUUCAUGUUGCGGCUCGUCUCCGACUUCUCAGGGACUCUUCAAGUGUCAACGACGGAGAUCUAUUUCUCAAGUUCAGCAAGCACUGUUUCAGGACCGUCAUGGAGAUGGACACAGCCUCACCGAUGCCUCCAUUCAUGUUGUUUGAAAAGAUUGAUCAGACAUAUAAGUGCAGUAAGCCAGAAGACCGAGUCUUUGGGCUUUUGUCUCUGAUCAAGUGGCCCGAUGGCGUUCAGCCGAUCGAGCCAGUCUAUAAGCCGUCUGCUGCUAUCGAGUUGGCGGAAUUAUUUCUCAGCUUCAGUGCACAUUGCUCUUCCGCCAACCAGGUCCUUAAAGGACUCGAGAUCUGUCAUGAUGAUCUACAGAUGGCGAAACUAGUCACAGCAAGGUCUGUUGAAUCGAAAGUGGAAGAAGAUCAGCACGGAAGGCUCGCAUCUCAAAACUUCAGAAUCUAUGAUACCCAAUUCAGAAUCAUCUCCAGAAACUCUGCAAACAAAUUGACGGCAUUGUUAGACCCAGAGCGACGUAACGAUCGAGAAACGACCUUGCGCGAAGCCGAAAUGACAUCGCAGAUUGUGUCGAAUAAGUAUUGGCCACAGCCAUUGUUCUGUCACUCGAAUAUUGGGGCAUUACUUUGCAGUGAAGCUCGGGAAUACGAUUGGAUUGUGAAGACGGGGUUUGGGAAAGGUUUGCUUGUCAUACGCGGCGUUGGCUUGAAUAGCCCGUAUGAUAUUAUUGGACAAGGAAUACUCCUUAAUGGAUAUGACUUGAACUACCGUUCGCGCCAUGAGGUAGAUCCUAACCCGUUGUUUAUAGGGAUGCCGCCGGCGGAAGUGGAACAAGCUUGUAAAGAUGCGAGAAAGUGCCUACAAGAGCUACAAGCAAAUGAUGUCACUUCUGUGCCAUUAUCCGUUGCGGAUACCAACAAGUUUGCACAAGCUGCAGAGAGACUUCUACAUCCUUGGUGCGGACUUAUGGCUACGUUUGAUUUGCACGUCAAACCAGUCGAAUUGCUGCUACUUGCAGGCCAGGACUUGGAGAAAGAUGGAACUCGUAAUUUCGGUACGUCUCGAAAGAGACUAAGCACAAAGAUCUACGGCACAAUGAAGUGUCACAGUCUGACUUUGGAAAAGACGAUACCACUUGAGAACAAAUUCAUAAAUUGA